UACAGAGGCAAAUGAUGUACGAGCAACGUCCAGCCAGUCCAACGUAGAACACAGACAAAGGACACAACUGACACUGUAAAGGACAUUGCACAUCAGCAAGGAUACAAUUGUUACAAUUUGAACAAGACAAGGAUAUCACGCUCAAGGAAACAAAUAUACUCAAGGGAUUGAAGCAAUUGGAUAAACUUUAAAAGUUCCAAGUACAGAGAGAAACCGUAAAAGGACAAUCCUCUCCAGACACAACAACAACAAAACUAAAGGCCUUGACCUCUGUAGGGAGAUUCGUGACCUCUACACUCCGACCUCCUCCUUCUAGUCUUCUGUUGUCUGUGUGGUGCCCAGUGCUCACCAGGCAGGUCGCAAAGAAGCGGUGCGCAGCGCCAUGGUAGCCCACAGCCAGUUUGACUCCGUCAUGAGCAGCAGCCCCUUCGACACCACCAUGCGGCUGCCUCACCGUUACAAAACCUUCAGCUCCAAGGUGCAGUACCAGCUCGUCCUCACCACCCUGCACAAGCUCCAGGAGAGCGGCUUCUACUGGGGCUCUAUCAAUGGCAAGGAGGCCAACGCCAUGCUGGCCGCCGAGUCCGUCGGCACCUUCCUGAUCCGCGACAGCUCCGACAACCGACACUUCUUCACGCUCAGCGUCAAGACGGCGUCUGGCACCAAGAACCUGCGCAUCCAGUGUGACUCCGGAUCCUUCUUACUCCAGACGGACCCCAAGAGCAUGCAGGCUGUGCCCCGCUUCGACUGCGUGCUCAAGCUGGUCCACCACUACAUGCCACCCACCAAAGGGGCUUCGUUGGUGGAGAAAAACACGAGGGGAGGGAACGCCUCCUACUACAUCUACUCUGGAGGGGAGAAGAUCCCUCUGGAGCUCCUCAAACCUUUCUCCUCCACUAUGUCCAGCCUGCAGCACCUGUGUAGGAAAACAGUCAACGGACACCUGGACAUAUCCAGCAAACGGGACCAGCUUCCCCACCCGCUCAAAGAGUUCCUGCAGGAGUACGACGCGCCCAUCUAGGCCCCUCUCUGGACAUGUAGUGCCUCGAUGGCAUCAGACUUGAUAAAGGUGUUAUGAAGGGGACUUGGGCCGGUGUGAGAGACAGUGUGGCAGUACCCCACAGAACUGGGGGGGAAAUAUGACUGUCUGUUUCUGUGUCUUAGAGGGAUGGUUCACCCACAUCAGGGUGACAAGGCAGAGGGGAAGGCAGCAGCAUGAGUCAGUCUGAGAAAAUAGAAGAAGAUGCUUGGUAUUGUGGUUCUCAUAAGGGCUGUACUGUACCUAUCUCCCAAGCCCAGGAGUGAUAUAACGUUACCAUGAGGAGUAGAGCUAUACUGGUCCAACGUCAGCCAGUCACUCUCAACAGGCUGCCAACCAAAAGACAAGAGGUGGGCGUCGUCAUCAGACUUUCCAGUCUCUCAUUCAUGCAGAGAGAGAGAGAGAGAAAGGAGGACUGGUUCAUUGAGAGGCUGAACGGUCGGCGUGCUGCUAAUGUGUGUCAGUCAGGCCUUCGAUUGGACCAGAAAAGAACUAUUUGCCAACCUCAACUCUAACCUCACUGCAUGACUAAUAACUUCCUCCACUCUCUCUCUUCAGUCGAUGAAGGCUCUGAGCCAGCAUCUUGUCUGCCUUCACACCUCUGACGAAGCACACAUUCCCACUGCUGCUAACCAUGGUGUCUGGCUGUGGAGAGACACACAAACACACCAGCCUCUCCUAUCCAUUGAACCAUUGCAGCAGGAUUGGCUGUAAUGACUGUCCUUAGCUGGCUGUUGGAUAUUAGUCAUGGACAUCAGCCCUGAGCCUGGAAGUAUUAAACGCGUUGGUCGGAGCACCAAGCUAGUUGGCCUCCUCUGGGAAAACUGGGAUCUCUGUCUCAGCCUUGCCAGGAAACUGCCUAGCAACCGGAAUUCUAACCCAUGUUCCAAAGGGGACAUUUAACGUCACCACCUCCAACAUUACACUUUGAGUCAAUUUUUGUGUAUUUUGUCAGAAGAAAAAGCCAGAACUGCAAACCAAUUAUGACCCAAUGUUACAGAAGUGUGAGGGCACAAAUGGCCGAAUGGAGAAAAUUAUAUUUGGGACUUAAGGUGUUGAUGAUGUGUGUAAUGAUUGGUUGAUUGGCAGGGCUUUUGAUUUGAACAUGCCAAACCUGCCCUGAACUCACCAACAAAACGGUUUCUUGACCGAACAACGAAUUCUUGCAUGACAAAAAAACAAAUGAGGGGUUGCUUUUAUACUUGAGAUAAUAACAUCACUAUAUACAGAGGAAAUAGAGUCUGGGUAAGCCCUCAGUGGAUAGGAAAUAUACCCCGAUGAAUGUGGUGGUAUUUGUGCCACAGACAGGAUACCAGAUAUCACUUGCUAUUGAAUGUAUUAAAAUCUGAGAAUCUCUCUUCCUCUCGAAGAGAGCAUCUAAGGUUCAUCCUGUUCAAUUUAUUUUUCUUAAAACGUUUACAUGACUGACAGAAAAAUGCAAACAGGUUUUCUCCUAUCUUUUAUAAAGAUAUUCAUUAUUGUCUAGCCAGGUGACUGGCUGCAGUAUAAGCAUGAACGAGUUUGAAGAAAAAGAGAUCGCAGAAGCAAGCAGAACUAAAAACUUUGCACAUAUUUAUAUUCAUAUGACAUUUCAAUAAUUUAUAAUAAAGAGCACUAUUUUUUUAAUGAAUGACA